UAAACACUGUUAGCCUUUUUUACUUUCUUGUUGAUGUCUUGUCGGCAUUAUCGAUAUUAAGUAGAGGUUUUAUAAAGUUGUGAACAUAACUUAUAUGCUUCUGCCGAGGAAGCAACGCUACCUCUCUCUCUCUAUUAUAUAGUUAUCUUCUUUCCUUCUUUUUAUAGGUCCAUUUUUCUUAAUUUUCUUUUCUCAUUGUAAUAAUUAUGGUUUUUUUUUUUUUUUUUUCCCCUCUUUUCACAGUCUUCUUUGCCUAAUAAAGUUGUGCACGAGAAGGAGAGAAGAGAAGGAAAAGGUUGAGAAAGGAAAUGUGUCUUGAAAUAAAAGGGCGCCUGAAAUGUAUAUAAUAUAUUGAGAAUAUGUUGCCUCAAAAUACUUGGACAACAGCAAUUUUCAUAUGUGUUAAUCAAAACUUUUUGAUAUUUUCAUCUAUGAAAAUCAAGAAUUUAUUUAAUUUGAGUAAAUAUUCUUGUUCACCAUACAGAUCUUAUAAAAGGAAAAAUAGAAGAUAAAUAAUAUAUAAACGAUCAAUUAACCAAAAAAAAAAAAAGAAAGCAACUCUGGGGAAAAUUCUUAGCCUAUUUUGAUCCAUCAAUGACUAAAAAGUAAUAUAAAAUUUGAGACUAUUGGUCAUCUUCUGCUCCCAUCGCCGUCUGUCUCAUCGGCAGAUUCUUUGAAUUAUCCGAAGAACUUUUUUGAUACUGCCUUUGAUUCUUUAGAAACAGUACAAAAGGGAAAAAGGAAAAGAAUCAGGAAUCAAACAGGCGCAGUAAUUUCUCGAUUAAAUUAAUGAAAAUAUAAAAAAACUCUUUCAUUUGUCUUCAAAUUCUCAAGAUUCCAGCCGGCUCUCAGUCUUGCUUUGGCCCCACUUUGUUGGAUUCUUGUUAAUCAAUCAUUUCUAGGUUUGUAUAGUAAUGCUACUUUAAAAACUGAACUUGGUUCAAUUGAGAGGUCAAUUCAAGAGAAGCGAAAAUGGCCACUGAAGAUGCAAGAGAUGAAGAGAGACCAUUGGUCCUUGAUAAUUUGCAGAAUCAUGCACCCCAGAAUCAUACAAGAGAUAUUCAUAUUCUUAGCUCUGCUUUUUUACUAGUCUUUCUUGCCUAUGGAGCCGCUCAGAAUCUGCAAACUACUAUCAAUACUGUACAUGAUCUGGGUACAAUCUCCCUUGGGAUAUUGUAUCUUUCUUUUACAUUUUUCUCUGUAAUAGCGUCUUUGGUGGUUCGGUUUUUGGGGUCCAAGAAUGCUGUGGUUCUUGGGACUACUGGUUAUUGGCUGUUCAUUGCUGCAAAUUUGAUGCCCACUUGGUAUACAAUGGUACCAGCUUCCUUGUAUCUUGGGUUUGCUGCCUCAAUUAUAUGGGUUGGACAGGGUACAUAUCUCACUUCGACUGCGCGCAGUCAUGCAGCAGAUUAUGACUUGCAUGAAGGAACUGUUAUUGGUAACUUCAAUGGAGAAUUUUGGGGAGUGUUUGCCUGCCACCAGUUGGUUGGAAAUCUCAUCUCACUUGCUAUUCUAAGAGAUGGAACAGGGGGAACUACCAGCGGCACAACAUUAUUGUUCUUUGUGUUUCUUUGCAUUGUGACCUUAGGUAUCAUAUUGAUGUGCUUCUUAAGUAAAAGAGUCCCCAAAGGAGAAGAAGGACGAGAAGAUUCUUCUGUCAGCUUAUAUUCUUCUCUAAUAUCAAAGUCGAAAUCGGUUAUUGCUCCUCUGCUUGACAUUCGGAUGCUGCUGAUCAUUCCCCUAAUUGCAUAUUCAGGAUUACAACAAGCAUUUGUUUGGGCUGAAUUCACCAAGGAUAUUGUAACUCCAGCACUUGGUGUGUCUGGUGUUGGCGGUUCAAUGGCAGUAUAUGGCGCUUUUGAUGCCAUAUGUUCUCUUGCUGCUGGUCGACUUACAUCUGGUCUUCAAUCAAUCACUUGGAUAGUAUCUGCUGGAGCUUUUCUUCAUGCUAUUGUAUUUCUCUGGAUUCUGCUAAAGUACAGUUUAACAAGUGGAAUACUUGGUGUCCUAUACCCACUUCUCAUGGCAGCAAUGCUGGGUGUCGGUGAUGGAGUAUUGAAUACACAGCUUAGUGCUUUGCUUGGAAUUCUUUUCAAGCAUGAUAUGGAAGGAGCAUUUGCGCAACUCAAGGUCUGGCAAAGUGCUUCCAUCGCAGUUGUGUUCUUUGUCAAUCCCUACAUCUCAUUGCAGACGAUGGUGGUGAUUAUGAUUGCAGCAUUGUUUAUAGCAGUGGCCGGAUUUUUAUUUUUGACACUCCAGGUAGAGAAAGCUUUCUUCUCUCCACGUUCAUGAUAUUUGAAGCAAGGAACUUUACUGCUUCAGGAAAAUGAUGAUACAAGUCAUGUCUAAUCUUCCCGUAAAAACCCAUCCCUUUGCAGAUCUGGUUUUUGUAAUAUGUUUCAUUUGCAUUAAUAUAUAUAUAAUUCAAAGUUUGACA